AUGACAAUAUGCAUGGAUGUAAGAAGUUCUUCUGAUCUUUCUUGCUAUGAUGGAUCACAUCUCAUGGAUACCAUUGAUGGUUAUGCUGAUUGGAUGUCCACUGAGAUCCUUGGGGCAGUGACUGAGGAGGUCCACAUGGGACGAUCAGAAGCACAGGCACCCAGUGGAGAUGAUUCUGCUUCUGAGAUGAAUUGUUCUGGUCCCAUCACUCAUUGCCAUUCAGUGCAAAUGGCUGAAGUUAUUGGUGAAUCUGAACUGCCUUUAGAGAGAGAUGUAAAAACAUAUGACAAGAUGGAAAGUGAGUGCGACCUCAAAGUGGCAGAGGGAGAAGAAGGACAUGCUCAUCACUCUCCAGAUGGCCUUCGUUUCACAGAUAUAGUCUCUCUGGCAAAUGCUAUUGUAGAGGGAUCUUUCCAGGAUGCUGGGAUAAGAACUUUAGACACUUCUCCUGACCACUUUUCACAGGCGAAGGUCACCACCUCAGUUGGAGUACCUCCUGCUGUGGAAGAUUACCUGCUGAGAUUGACCCAGGAAAUAAUUUCUGAGAGCACCAAGGAAGCCAGCCUGUUCGGGUCAGGAGACCCUCGGCAGUUGGUUGAAGAUGAAAUGGAACCUCCUUGUAUUGCAGAUGAAGUUAAACCUUGGUCAGAGCCAAAUGAUGGACAGCAUCGAAGGAAAAUCUCAGAUCUGUUUGACGAGCCAGCAAUGCUGUGGUCACAGAGCCAGACCCCUCAAUGUGAAGUGGACCCAGAUCAGAUUGCAGGAGCCACAGACAGCUCACCAGAUCUUGUAGUGAGGUCACUGGCCGGUGACUUGGAAGUUGAAAGUCCCACCAAGACCAUGCACAAGUAUUUGGGCGGAUCUUUCUCAGAGAAUUUAGAAAUGUGGGAGAAAGGAAUGGUGGAGGACCGGGAUUCUGAGAAAUUGAUCUUUGAUAAACUCGGACUCACCAAGAAAUGGUCCCUGGAUUAUCCUGAUGCUCCACCGUCCUCACCCCUCAAGCCACAGUUGGCGGGAAGUCGGAGGAGUUUUACCAGGAAACUCAAAGGAGGGUUGGCCAAAGAAUUCCUUCCCUCACCUCCUCCAUCAACCCCUAAAGAGCACCCCGAUCUUUCCUGGUCAGAGGAGGACACUGAGGCAGAGGAGGCGGAGUUUGUGAGGAAACUGAUUCGAUCACUAUCUCAGGAGGUUGGUGGAAAGGUUGCUGGAGACAUCUCGGAGCAUCCAGAGAGCAACGCACACAGUUGGGAGCAGAAAUCUCGGGCUUUAACGGAGGAACCAGCAAACUGUGCUUGGUCAAACCAAAGCUCAGCAAAAGACUAUUUUACUCAGUUAGUAUCGGAUAUUGUCUCCUCAUCCACACAGAUUAUAUAUGGGAUGAUAACAGAAAGGACUGACUCAGCAGGUCAGGAGAUUGAUUGUGCCCCCCUCAGGCCUGAAGAUCGAUCCCACACUCAGACCUCACAGCUCGGGACGCUGUCUCCUGAAACAGACAGGAUUCAAGAGAAAUGCCAAGGGGAUACAAAGGAAGAUGGAUUUCCAGUAAAAAUGGAAGCCUGUCUGUGGCAAUACACAGCCAGGUUAACACAUGGAAUUAUCACAGCGGUCAUCAACUUCUUGAACCAGAUUGAAUUAAUUGAGGAACGAGAAUGUCAUUUGCGUAGAGAGAGCAAAAUAGCCGCAGCUGAAGCCCCGAGGCAAGACUGCAGACAUUCAUACCACAUAAAGCAGCUCAGCUCUAUGUCGGAGGGGUGGGUGCGAGGGCUGGUCCAGUCUGCUCUCCACGUGUGUAAAACUCAACGUCCUUCAAGGGGGAGCAGCAUCAUGAGACCGUCUCAAGGUGACAGAGACACAGAGAAUUCACCAAGUCCAGGCCACCCUCGCUGGCAAGCAAUGGAUACAGUUCAACUCAUCGAAGAGACUUCCCAAAAGGAACCUCCUAUCAUUGGCACCAACACAGAGCAAGAAUCUCAACAGCUUGUAAUAGAGCCACUGGAGACAACUGAGUGUGAGACAGACAGCCUCGCCGUGAUCUCCUGUAAUUCCGCUGCAUUUACUGAAGACAAGCAAAAUGCAAUUUUGCACAACUCAAGAGAAAGAGAGGACACUGAAACCAUUGAUGGUCUUCGGGAAGGAGCAAACAAAACUAAUGGAAGCUUUAUGAGCUCUUCCACAGAUCCACUCCUGUAUAAGCAAUUGCAUGUGGAGUUGAAGACUGAAGAGGUCACCAGAGAAAACCCAACUCCUUGUGUUCAUGAAGAAGCAAAAGUGGACACAUCUGAUCCUCGCUUGAUUCUCAAUGAAGACGGGGAGGAGCCAGAGGCCAUUAAUUCACGACCAGUUAAUAAAGGAAGAAAGUCUUCCAUCCCGGAAUCCUCUUCAAACAGAUUCUCACAUUCCCAGGACAACCCAGCAAGCAGGGCCUACGCGGAGAGCCUAGCACAAACUAUCCUUGGCUCCUGCCUGGCUGACCUGUGUGGACAAUGUAUGGAGGAGGCUGGCAAGGUCUGGCCAGAUCCUGGCGGGUUGUGCCAGGAGCCGGAGUCAGACUCUGACAGCGGGUGCAGUGUGUGGUCUGAACAGGAGGCCCAGACAGAGGCAGCGAUGGCGGCCGACGAAGGAGCCCCUCCUACCAUUUCCAGCGUUAAACCUCCGAGGCUAAAUGUUGUUGAAUUCACGGGUUUAAUGUCCGCUCAGCGCAGGGACGGCCUGAGCGCAGAGGCGUGGCAGCCAGAGACAGGGGAGGGGCUCGGGCAUGUGGGCGUCCUGUCCCCUCCCCCCACCCCGGGCAACAUCGAGCUUCUGUUGGUCAACUUCAAUUCCAGCUCCGCCCCGGGCUCAGCCCAGAUCCAGGCUGUCCUGCAGUGGGCGGCGGCCUCUCAGCUCCAAGCCGCCAGGAUUUGUGUCACAAAUUCCAGUGAGGUCUUUGCACAGUUCCCAGCUCUCCUGGCCCGAGCUGAAGAAGAAGCCUGGACAGUGGGGAGCCUUGUGAGAGCGGUGCUCACCUACCUGGAGGAACAAAGGACAGCAGACGGCAGCUCUCGCCAAGCCCUCUUCACCUGGCUCCUUGCACGCCCGACUGCCAGUCAGCCCCAGACUAUUUGA